UGCAGUUAAUGUAAUUGCUUCCUACCAAUCGUUUCCAUUUUCUAGUUUCUCUUUUUAUAAACUUGCACACUUAUUGUAUGGAAUGAUAGUCUGAGGUCCUACAACACUAUUGCGAUGAAAAAUUUUAGCUGUUCUAUAUUACUGUUAAUUGCUAAGCUAUUACCCUUCUCCACAAACUGCCCCUCCUGGUAGCUUAGUGGAACCAGUAAAUUUUACAUGAAUUCAUUUUUCAAGGUUUUCCUAACUGAACUUGAAGGGAACCUGGAGGACGGGAAUCAUGGGUUUGGGGGUGAGCCAUUUUCACCUUUUACACUUCUUGGGCAAUUUUCUUAAGGGCUUUUACUGUUAAAAUGGAGAUUGUAAAAACAGGCCUGUUAGGCAAUCCUGGAUCUCUGUUUUAAACUGGUGGUCAAGUUUCAUUUAUUGCAUGUUUUGCGGAAACCUAAAAGGAACUUAUGAUAGAGCAACUUACAGGUUCUCAGUUGUAGGAACACAUUCACAUGCAGACUUACUUAAAACAUUGCGGAGUCCCCUCAGCAGCUUAAGGUUCCCAAGUGGUGCAGAUGGUACUGGCCCCUUUGAGACAGUAACGUGACCCCACCUCUUCCAAGUUACAACCCCAUUCACAUCCAGGAGAACUGCUCUGAUGGGUAGGCACGCUGGUAGUGCAUUUGGAAUACCUAGGUUUCUAAACCAUCAUAAAGGACUAAGACUUAAAAAAUGGGGACCAACGUAUAUUUUCAUUAGCACUUAGAUGUUCUUCACAUCACCUCAAUCUUAAGUAGAUGCGCGAGAGAAUGGAGAAGGAAAGUGAAGCUGAUGGUAGCAGUGGCUACCGCACGAUAGUGAAAAGCAGAUGGGAAAUGCCCUUUAUCUGUGUUAAGGACAUGAAAACACUGGCUGGGGGAUCUGGCUUGACGGGAGACGGGCCUGUCUGCCCGGGCGAGCGAGGUAGGCCCUGGGCGGCUGCGGCUGCGGCCGGGACCCUGACGUGCUUCCGUGGGCGGAGCCAGCUGCACGCAAGGUCACUUCCGACGCGGCUGCGAAGUUCCGGGUUUUUACGGUUGCGGCUGUUGUAGGGGUUGCUAGCUAAUAGACUGUAUUUUAACUCCCGAGGGCGAUGCGCUCUGGGGCAGUCGUCAGGGCCUGCCAGAAAACCUGCAGAUGCCUGUUGUCGGGUUUUGGGGGUCGAGUAGAUGGGGGCCAGCCAGAGCGGUUGACGGAAGCGAGUAGCCUCCUUGGAGAGCCCCCGAGGUCGCCCGCGGAGCUGCCUGAGGGGAGCGAACCAAGAGAAGCCCCAGAGUCUGGAGAGGGGAGAGAAGCGCUGGUAGAGAUCUGUCAGAGAAGGCAUUUCCUCAAUGGCACCCAGCGGCGGGUUACCCGAGAUUCUCUCCUGAGCGGGUGCCACGCCGGCUUUGGCCCCUUGGGCUUAGAGUUGCGGAAGAACUUGGUGGCAGAAUGGUGGUCCUCCGUGGUGGUGUUCAGGGAACAGGUCUUCCCGGUAGACGCCCUCCACCAUGAAUCGGGCCCUUCGCUGCCCGGGGACAAUGCCUUCAGGUUAGUUUCCGCAGAAACUCUACGCGAAAUCCUGCAAGACAAAGAACUGAGUAAGGAACAGCUAGUAGCAUUUCUUGAGAACUUAUUAAAAACUUCUGGGAAACUACGGGAGAACCUCCUUCACGGGGCCUUGGAGCACUAUGUGAAUUGCCUGGAUCUGGUAAACAAGAGGCUGCCUUAUGGCCUCGCCCAGAUUGGAGUGUGUUUUCAUCCUGCUUCUGAUACUAAGCAGACAUCUCAUGGUGUUAAAAGAAUCGGUGAGACGACGGAAGCUUCACUGGUAUGGUUUACUUCAGCAAGAACUGCCAGCCAGUGGCUUGAUUUCUGGUUACGUCAUCGACUCCUGUGGUGGAGAAAGUUUGCUGUGAGUCCAUCUAACUUCAGCAGCAGUGACUGUCAGGAUGAAGAGGGACGAAAAGGAAACAAACUUUACUACAGUUUUCCCUGGGGAAAGGAGCCAAUAGAAACCCUGUGGAAUCUAGGAGAUCAGGAACUUUUACACAUGUAUCCUGGAAAUGUGUCUCAAUUACAUGGCCGAGAUGGACGAAAAAAUGUGGUUCCUUCUGUCUUAUCUAUAAAUGGAGAUCUAGACCGAGGCAUGCUGGCUUACCUGUAUGAUUCUUUCCAGCUAACAGAGAAUUCCUUUACAAGAAAGAAAAAUCUUCAUAGAAAGGUACUUAAGCUUCACCCUUGUCUAGCCCCUAUUAAGGUUGCUUUGGAUAUGGGAAAAGGCCCAACAGUGGAACUAAGACAGGUUUGUCAAGGGCUGUUUAAUGAAUUACUAGAAAGUGGAAUUUCUGUGUGGCCUGGUUAUUUGGAAACUGCACAGUCCUCAUUGGAACAACUUUAUUCAAAAUAUGAUGAAAUGAGUAUCCUCUUCACAGUUUUGAUUACUGAUGCGACUUUGGAGAAUGGAUUAAUACAUCUGAGAAGUAGAGACACCACUAUGAAGGAAAUGAUGCAUAUAUCCAAAGUAAAAGACUUUUUAACCAAGUAUAUAUCAGCAGCUAAGAAUGUAUAAAUUUCAAUAUUGGUGUAAUAAAUGUUUGUGUUUUUUAA